GGCUGCCGAUUGGAAUUGAAUACAGGACUAAUUAUAAAAGGAAUCCCUAGAAGUGAUGAUUUAAUUAACUGCCGCAUGGUUAUUUCUCGUAUCUGAAGGGGUAUAAAAGCAGGCUGAACCGAGAAGGAGCAGCAUAGAACUCAGAAUGAAUCCCAAGAGCGAAGUCCUCGUUGCAGCCGUGCUUUUCCUGCUCCUGGCUUGUGUUCAGUGUCAGCUGACUUUCUCGCCGGACUGGGGAAAGCGUUCCGCUGGCGGAGCAGGUCCUGGAUCCUUUUUCGAGUCCCAGCAAGGCAACUGCAAGACCUCCAACGAAAUGCUGCUCGAGAUCUUUCGCUUCGUGCAAUCCCAGGCCCAGCUGUUCCUCGACUGCAAGCACCGCGAGUAGGAGUAGGCCAUAUCCCAUCCAGAUCCUGAUCCUAAUUCCGAUUCGGAUCUCGGACGAUGUCUAGCACGCACACACAUACACUAUCUAUAUGUACCCAUAUAUACCAUAUAUGCUAAUACACAGCACGUUAUCAAGGUAGUCGUAGUCGGCAUUUAGAUUUAAUGGAACUUUUCUUUCCCAACAAUAAAUAAGCGCAUCCAAAAUGUA